UCCACGUUUGCUUCUCAUGGCCUGCGCCGGUCUUUCUGCAGCCGCUGUCGCCGUCAUGUUUUCAGAAUCGGAUAUCGACACAACGUGAUGGGCGGCACAAGCACGAGAAUCACCCAGACCUUGCUGAUUCUCGUCAUGAUCGUGUCCCUGGGAUGUCCACGCUGGUUGGUAAGAUGGCCAACUAUGAUGGUGCAGAAUACUUUUCACGCCAUCUUCAUAUUGCUUUCUCUACUAUUGGGCUUUUGCUUAUUUGGGCGGCGUUUAUGCUGGCUAGAACUUUUGUGGCUCUGGACAGUCCAGCAAGAAGCAGUGAGGUUAUGUUUUAUUGCUAAUGUUAUGCCACUGAUAUUGGUUGUCGGCGUCAUGACAGUGCUUAACGCCCCCUUGACAUACAAUUUCCAACUGACUUCCAACUGGAAGUGGGUCUCUUGAAAAAAAAAUCAGUUUUUUAUUGUUUAUUAUGUAAUAUUUUUAAUCUCAUCAAUAUAAAG